ACCGUUGACAAAGAGUGAUUGUCACUUGAAACGUGUAAAUCGAAAUGAAGGCUGUGUUAGCUGUACUCACCCUGGCGCUAGGCGCUGCUCAUGGAAGCUACAAUCCAUACUACGCGGGGUUCAAUCCUUAUGCCGCGGCAUGGCCGGCCUUGGGGUUGUACAAUCCUCACGUCGCACCGCUCGUACACCAGAUUCCCUCACUGUCCGGAACCUAUGCCUACCACGACGGCAUCCGACCAACCGUAGUUCAGGCAAACAAUGACGGUUAUGCGAAUCCACAUGCCGUUAACGGGUUGUACUCGCCGCAUCUCCUGAAUCCACACGCGGCCUCCCUGGGGUAUUAUGGCCAUGGACUGGGUUAUCCACAUAAAACGGUUGUUCAAGCCAACCUUGGUUCGGGAGGGGAUCCCUGGGGCAUCGCGGCCCUUUACGGAACGGGAAUAUAUGGGGUGGGCUACCACAACUACGUUCCUGCGUCGAUAAGCAAGUAUUUGCUUGGGUGAGGUGUUACGUAUACCAUUGUAAGCUUUCAGAACGCCAGGUCUUAGAAUGAUUAUAACUGGGAAUCGCUCAUUUAUAAAUGAACCUGUCAUAUAUGUUAACAAAUGUGGAUCUUGAUUUGGUUUAGACAUGUAACGCAAUUUAACAACAGUAUUUAGAAAAUUAAUCAACAAAAUGGAACAAAAAUGGUUUAUUUAUUUUGUUUUUACAUUUUAUCGCUUUCGUUUGGAAGACAUUUAUUCUCGCGAGGGAACACGUUAACUUCUUUAAUUGAUUUAUUGAACAAUUCAUUUUAUGGAAAUUUUUGACACAAACGAAAAUCUGAAAACCUCUUGUGUUUCGCGACAGAGAUUAUCUUUAGGUAACUUCAGAAGUAAAAUCUGUAUAUUGGCUAUAUAUUCUAUCAUUCAUGGCAUUCAUGGAAUUAAAUUACGAAGACGGAUCUUUGAGAAACCUGAGAAGGUAGUCAAGAGAACUGCUCUAGAAAUAAUCGACCCGGCGAUAGCGGAAAGUUAUUUUCAGGAAACCUGAGAAGCUAAUCAAAAGAACUCCUCUGAAACCAUUAAAUAAUUUUUAAAAUUUGGUGAUAAGCAAUAUAGCAUCAAAUUUAAUGUGGUACCUAACAUGCUUAGCAACAUAGCUGGUUUAUAAGGUACAGAUAUUCUUAUAAAGUAUAAAGUAAAAAUUAUUUUUGAAACCAAUACGGUAUGUUAAGAAAAUAUCCAAUUAUUCGAGUAGCAUUACAGGUCUGUGAAAUUACCAUCAAUGACACGGUCCCGAUACCAUUAACCUUAUACGGCACGGUUUCAAUAACUAUAACGCCAAGUACAGAAUUUCUUGCAAAUAUAGUGAAAAACUUUAAUGACUCAUGCGUGGUACCUAAGUGACUUCCAAUGUAUUUAUAGCAAACUCAAUUCGUCUACCUUCAAGAGGUUCUUUAUCUAUCAGGAUAAUUAAUUUGAAGAAUAAACCAGUAUUGAUAGAUCAAGAAAUUGAGCCAAAAAUAACAGCCGCAGAUAACUAAAGUAUUAAUGAAUUCAAACACGAUACAAACUAUGACAAAAAAUGAACAAUAAAACAGGAACUGAAACUCAAUCAUCUCCAGGCAAAUGAUGAGAAAGCCAUUAAAAUUUCGUUUGAAGUAUUCGGAUAUUUUGAUGUAGGACUAGAUCUUUCAGUAAGGGUUGGCACCCAGAAAAUAGGUAACGUUUUUAUGAGAUAAAGUUAACGUUAAAAACUAUUUUCGCUACGAGCGAAUCCUGAUGAUACUAUAUUUUGAUACCAAUAUUGAUAUUCUCUAAAAUUUGUUUGAUAUUGUAUACAUUACGAUUCCCUAAUCCGUAAACGGUUCAAAUUAACGCAAAUUGGAAUCAUUCUCAUUUUCCCAUCCAUUUCUUGUGCCCACUUGUGUACUUACUUACUCGUACUGUCAAUAACGAGCAACUAAUGCAUUCCUUUCUGCCCUUCACACUUCACUUCUCGUUUGAAGUUUGUAGAGCGAACACCGUGUGCUGACGAGCGUCGAGCGGGAACGAAUUGUCUUUCUCAAGACAUGGAGAGAAGUUGGAGUUAUGUUGUAACAAGGGUCUUUUUCAAGGUUAAAGACGAAUGAACCGAGAAUGUUCAAAGCCUCUCUAGUGCAAAAAAAAAAACGGAAUUACCGAACGGAAGUCUGCUCUUCUUCAACUUAUUUUGAUAUGAAUGCAAAAUGUCAAUCAUUAUUCAAAUGGAAAACCCGCGUUCUGGUUGGUGGAUUGGCAUACAUAAAUAAU